AUGCCUAGCGCCAUGCCAGCAUCAGUUCUACUGCAACUCAAAAAACCAGUAAAGCAAGCCUUCAACGCCCUCCUCCUCAAAGGAAUCCGCGUCGGCCUGCUCACCUCCGAGCUCGAGAAGGAGCUGGAAUACGUCCUGAAGGACUCCCAGCUGCGCUUCAGCCUGACCUGGUCCGGCGACGAGGAAGUCCUCCUCCUGCCCAAGACCAGCAGCCUCGGUACCGAGCAGAUCGAGCUCGAGCUCACGGAGAUGAGCCCAAAGCUCAAGCGCCUCAUCGCGCAGCGCGGCAUCGCCGACAGCGCGGAACUAUGCGCCGUCACAAAGGACGGCCUAGUGAUCGGCCGGCAGGGGAACCAGUGGUCAACCGUCGCGUCGAAUAAGGGCGUGCCGCCGGCUAGACUGGUGUCUACGGGUCUGAGCACCAGGAAUGUGUUCGGUAUGCUGGGCUCGGGUGGUGGGGAGCCCUCGGCGGCCGCCGGGAGCUGGUUGCAGGAGAAGAGGAGUGGCGAGGGGUUGAGGAAGAAGUUGGUGCUGCAGAAGAAGACGGAGAAGGGGAAGGAGAAGGCGAAGGAGGAGGAUGUCGUUGAUGAUUGGGAAACUGCUGCUGCUGCUGACGAGGAGGUUGUUGGGUAG